AUGAAUAAUUAUAGCAUUGCCUUAUUUACGAUAUGUUUUACUGUUGCAUUAUGCGCUAUAUGUGAUGAAGGAUGGCGAUUUUCACCACAUUCCAAAAAAUGUUAUAAAUUUUUUCCUAAAAAAAUAACUUGGACUGAAGCUGAAUUUCAUUGUCUAAUACAAAAUGGACAUCAAUUAUCAGUACAUAAUUCGAGAGAGAAUCGAUUUGCUAAAGAAAUAGCUCGUGAUGCGCCUGAAGUUUGGCUUGGUAGUGCAAAAUUUGGAAGGACAGCUCAAUUUGAAUGGUCUGAUAAAACACCAUUCAAUUUUAAAGGCUGGAAAAAUGGUCAAAUACCAGUAAGUAAAUUAAUUAGGCCAUGCACAAAAAUGAAUGUCACAAGCGGUGAAUGGUUUCAAAGUUGUUGUCGAAUAGUUGCGCCAUACAUUUGCCAAAAAGAUUCGCAACCUAACAAAUCUUAUACUAGCAAUAUACAGAAGAGCUAUGAUACGAUUCGGACGAAUGACAAAUAUUCUAUUGUAAAUCAACAAUGGCGAUUUUUAGUACGGAAAUAA